ACGCUUACAGAGAAGCAACAAAGGGAAGGGCUAAGAGCCUGAGGCUCCCACAACCACCAGCUUUAAAAGAAGGGGGGCAAUUGGGGAGGGAGGCCUGCAAAGAAAAGGAGAAGAGUGCCCUUAAGCCUACCAGUGCCUUCCUCCAAAUCCUGAUAUUAGUAGCCACUAGUUGCUGCCGUUCUCCCACAAGCUCUACUCUAUCAGACACCACUAUAUGAGCCCGUAUAAGCAGUUCAUCCACAAUAAUCCCACCCUUGAACCACAAAUUGUUGAGAGGUGUUCUUAGAACCAGAGGAUUACCUGUGAAGAAUUCUGUGCUGCUCCUCAAGGUGUGUGCAGAUUGCAGAGCUCAGCUUCAGCUUCUGCAUUGCUUUCAAUGGGGAAGCACUCCUGCUGUUACAAGCAGAAGCUGAGGAAGGGGCUCUGGUCUCCUGAGGAAGACGAGAAGCUCAUGAACCACAUAACCAAGCAUGGGCAUGGCUGCUGGAGCACUGUUCCAAAGCUUGCAGGGCUUCAAAGGUGUGGCAAGAGCUGCAGGCUGAGGUGGAUAAAUUACCUGAGGCCUGACCUUAAAAGAGGUGCAUUCUCUCAGGAGGAGGAAGACCUUAUCAUUGAACUUCAUGCUGUCUUGGGCAACAGGUGGUCUCAGAUUGCAACACGGUUGCCUGGAAGAACUGAUAACGAGAUCAAGAAUCUCUGGAAUUCAAGCAUCAAGAAGAAGCUCCGGCAGAAAGGCAUCGACCCCAACACCCACAAGCCCCUUGCUGAGGUUGAUCGCAAAAUAGCUCCAACAAUCAGUACUGAGAGAACCUCCGAGUCCAGCGAUAUUGACCCUUCAAGUGGUGGUGCACUUGGCAACUUGAGCCAUCUCCUCAGUGAGACAGCACAAUCACCAGAGCUGCUGCCAGUGCUCGGUAAGCAUCGCAAAGAAACUACUAGUUUGGCACAUCUAAGGGUGCCAUCGAAGGAGCUAUUCCUUGACCAGCUUGUUUCUGGUAAUGAUAACCUCCCCAGCUGCCGCUCAACAGGCCCAAUUCCAAAUUUCCCUUUCCAGCAGUUGAUGUGUUACAGCAAUGAAUUUGGCGGCAAGCAUGGAGGCAGCACGAAUCCACUCUGGUUUAACCAGAAUGAGUCAAGCUGCAGCACCAUUUCCACUGUGAUGCCACCAGUUUCGCCAUCAACUCUCUCAACAUCAACAGGACUCAAUAGGUCACCGGACAAUCCACACUCUGGAGGUACUGGCAUUCAGAGUAACCAAUUCUACUGGGACACCACUAAUCCUAGCAGCAGUAGCAGUAAAGGAAGCAGUGGAAGCAAUAGCUUGGGAUUUGAGCUGCAAAGCACAAGCUCAAUUCUGGAGAAUAGUAUCUUCCCAUGGACAGAUUUAUCGCCAGAUAAAAAUAGCCACCUAGAGGAAGAACUCAAGUGGCCUGACCUGCUCCAUGGAACCUUCACAGAUACACCAGCAACCAUGCAGAAUCUUAGCCAAUCACUGUAUGAAGAUGUGGUCAAAGCCGAGAACCAAUUCAACAUGGAGGGCCUCUGUGCAGCUUGGUCUCAAAAUUUGCAGCCACAGCAACAUCUGCAGGUAGCAUCAGAUUUGUAUGACAAGGAUUUGCAGAGAAUGUCCUUGUCUUUCGAGAAUAUCUAGGCAACAUGUUUCAGCAUGCAUGGAACAGAACAAUAGCAGAAAGCUGAGUUAAUGAAGCCUAGAAAACACAACAUUUCUUCACAGAUUUAUUUGCAGGCUAUGUGGAGGUGUUUGCGUAGGUACAUUCUUAUGAUGAUACAGAGAUCAACAAUGAUAACUGUUCAUCAGUUAAAGAUACUGCAGUACAUGAAAAAAAGGAGACAAAGUAUGAAUUUAUAUUACAGCAUAAUGUAUAGCCUAGAGAAAAGUAUGUCUCGAAGUUUACUUUCCUUUCACUUAAAGUUGCUGUCUUUAUCUGUACAUGCAUGCAGCUCGACUUUUUGUAUACGUGAGUCAUGGUUGAUCUUUUUCUACCAAAUAAAUGAGGCAAGGAUGUGGAA